AUGACGUUGCCUUCAAAGGCUCCUUAUUUUAUCGAGAUGGAUUACUUUAACAUGAGAAGUCGACAGGUCUUCAAGAUCCUAGUGCUGACAGUGGUUCUAUAUUUAGUAAUUCAGAUUGCUUGGAUAACACAGUCCUGUUUUCAACAACAACAUCAACAAUGGAUUUCUGAUGAGCACUGCGAUGACGUCACUCUACAAUCGUAUGUUUUUCCAGACGUGAUUCCACGUGACCUUAUUGAAUUGGAUUCAAGGAAAAUUCCAAAUGUGUUCCAUUAUGUGUUUUGUAGUCAGAAGACAAACCAUUCGUUUUUGUUUGAGAAUUACCUCAGUGUUAUAAGCGCGUGGAGAAAUUUUGAACCGGAUGUAAUUGAAAUUCAUUACAAGGGUAAGAUAAUUCAAGACAAGUAUAACACGUGGUUAGAAGAUCUGAAAUCGAUUAUACCGUGUCUGGUUGUCAAGGAAAUGCCUGGUUACUGGAAGGAGAAUGAUGUCUGUGACAUUUCUUAUGCACGAGCUAUUCUUCAGGAUAGGGGUGGAGUGUACGUGUCCAAUGAUGUCAUUUUAACAAAACAUGCAGCGCAACUUUUGAACAAAGAAUUCAGUUUUUUAACAGAUCUUGACAACAACGUUAAGGUCAUUUUUAGCAGCAGGAAGCAUGAAAAUAUAACACUAAUGCAAGCGAAAAACCCUUUCACAGUCGUUCCUUUUACAAAUAUACCCAAUAACGAAACAGGUCUUCAUAAAUGUGUGCAUGAAGGAUUGUUUAAUCUAACAUCAUCAGAAUGUGUGGUGUUGAGCACAAAAUACUUUCCAAUAGAUUUGUUUCGUACGGAUUCUAAUUUAGAGGAAUAUCUUCACUCGCUAUACUACGUCAAAACAGCUGUGAAUACAUCAUUGGGAAUAUCCACGGUUCCAGAAGUCUGCAGAGAGAUAUUGCGGAUACAAAAUAUCGUGCACUAUAUAUGGUUUCACCCGAUGACUUUGACCUUCAUGAUGUAUUUGAGUGUAGUUAGCUCCCUUUAUGUUCUAAAAGCAGAACGUGUUUAUAUUCACGGUGACCUUCGUCUAAAUGGUGAAUAUUGGGAAUUGAUUAAAUCCAAUCCAAGAGUCACCCUCGUCUACAGAGAACUCACAACAUAUAUAUACGGACAUAGAAUUAAAUACACUACGCAUGUCAGUGACGUAUUACGUGCGGAAAUUUUAUCUAAAUAUGGCGGAAUAUAUUUAGAUUGGGACGCAAUGUGGCUUAAUCCAGUAGAUAGCAUAUUGCAUUCAGGGCAUGAGGUAAUUUUAAACUUCGAUCACAUGGUGGCCUCUCAAUCAUUCCCUCAACAAAUAAAUUUGGGAGUUGCUAUAGCAGCUCCUAGAUCUCGAUUUAUCUUGGCUUGGCAAAAAACACUUAAGAACUACAGAAGUGAUGAUUUUUAUUAUAAUGCUUUAGAGUUGCCUUAUAAAGUGUACGAACGAAACCCCAACUUGGUUCAUAUUGACACCAAACUACAGGUGAUGUGCUUCCGCCUGAAAUGUCACCCAAUUUUUAAAGAAAACCAUCGUGAUUGGACAAAACAUCAAGACUUCAAUUGGAAGGAAGUUUAUGCCAUACAUUUUACGUACCCAGAGCCUCAUGAAUAUGGUUCUGAAAAAUAUCUGUUUAAUUCUACUGGUUUAUUUGCUGAAAUAGGACAAUAUAUUAUUGAAAAGAUGAAAAGUAACUCCUAG